AUGGCCGUGUCGGCCGUCUGGGCGCGCCUCAGUGUCCUCCUCUCGUGGCCUGGGGGACUGGCCAUUGUCCCAGAAUGCCCCUGCCGGCCCAGCGAGCAAGAGGGCGAGAGUGUGAAGGCUGGCCAGGAGCCGUCCCCGGAGUCCCCUGAGCCAGGCACAGAUGUCGUCCCCGCAGCCCCCAGGAAGCCCAGGAAGUUCUCCAAACUGGUCCUGCUGACGGCCUCUAAAGACAGUGCCAAGGUGGCAGGGGCCAAGCGCAAAGGCGUGCAUUGCAUCAUGUCCCUGGGGGUGCCUGGCCCCGCCACCCUUGCCAAAGCCCUCCUCAAGAUCCAUCCUGAGGCCCAGAGGGCCAUUGAGGCUCCCCCCCAGGAGCCUGAGCAGAAACGCAGCAAGCCAGACACAGACGGAAAAGAAGAUGGAAGGUUGGCAGGGCAGUCUGCCCCCGGUACCGAGGUGGUGGGGGAGGAGCCCACCGCAGAUGCCGUCAUGCGCAACAUGCCCCUGUAGGUCUGACGAGCUCGGGUAUGCCCUUGCUGGGUCAAUGAACUUGGCUGUGACUUCUGCUGGGGACCCAGUUGCAACUGAUUUUUAUUCUCAAACAUUGUGUAAUUUUUUCCAAAUGAAGUAUAAAUUACUUUUAUAAACAGAAAAAAACUCACAAAGCGUAAAAGAAGCUGUAUGCUAGGUCCCAUUACGGACAGGUUUUAAAACCUUCUGUGGUCCUUUGAGACCCCGAUGCAACCCCACCAGCCCUCCCUGGGCCCUUUCCCAGGGCUGCCUGGCCUAGGCCAAUGCUCAGACCCCUGACCCCUCAGCCUGGAGAGCCAUCACUGGCCUGGACUGAGCUUUCUCCUUCCUGCUGCUCUUGGCCUGAGACGGGGGCAGUGGGACCCCCCAGGCCUGAGCCCCUGCAAACCCUAUCUAGCCCCUCCCUGACCAUCCCUCCUUCAGUCUGCUCCUGCUGGACCCCCAGGAGGCUCGUGUCCUCCAGGCAGCCCACCAAACUGACAGCUUCCCCCCACCCCUGUGUUCAUGGCUGCCCAGAUUCUGCUGCGGAGGGGGUGGGCCUGCAAUAGGGCAGGUGGACCCCAACAGUGUAUGAUGCCCCUAUCAUGUUCCUUCUGGGUGUUUUGGGGGCUGAGAUUCCUGGGCACCUGAGCUCCUCCCCAGGCACCUUGGGUGCCGCCCCUACUAGAGGAGGAAGUGAACAGAACACUUCUUUUACCCCCCUGCAAACGGAAGUCAGGGUUCCCUGGAGGCCCCCUGACAGGAAAGGCUUUGGCCUCCUUCACCUCAAGUGGUCCUCCUGGUUUUGUGAAAACUGCCAUUGGGCAAAGGAAACAGAUUAUUUCUAAAGAGUUGAGACUAGAGGCCUUAUGUUUUUGAACAUCAUUUUCCCGAAUUGAACCUGUAUCUAUGGACCCCUCUAAGGAAAAGUGAGUUCCUCAGCAACCCCCCAGCCCAGCUCCAUCUCACUCUGUUACCCUCCAGCGUGGUUGUUACGUUUAUGUUCUGUAACCAGCAUUUGAAACGUUCCUUUGUCUUAACUCUAUAUUUAAAUAGAUACCCGCUCCUCACCACAUUUCUCCUUUCCUGCGGCUCUGC